AUGUCGCACCCUUCAGAUAGCUUGCUAGAUGCCGACUUGACCUUCUCUCAGCCUCCCUUCUCCUCGUUGGACCCCCGAAUCCUCAAAGCGCUGGCCGAUCAAAAAUUUGCACACCCGACGCUCGUCCAGGCCAAGGCCAUCCCGCUACUCUUGGAGGGCAAGGAUGUACUCGCUCGAGCGCGCACAGGAAGCGGAAAGACGGCUGCUUACUGCGUCCCCGCGGUGCAGAAGGUUCUGGCCACAAAAGAGUAUCAAGCGACCCGUGUUGUUAUCGUGGUCCCCACGCGAGAGCUGUCCAUGCAAGUGGCGACCUUCCUCGGGGAGCUCACUGUAUAUUGCGAGGAGGCAAUCAAGGUGGUAAAUGUGGCUGCGGGUGCGGCGAAUCUGCAAAGAAUUCUGCUUAAUGAAAACCCUGACAUCAUCAUCUCCACGCCAUCCCGCCUUCUUUCGCUCUUGCUAUCCAAGUCAAUUGACCUCUCCCUUCUCGCCUUCCUGGCGAUAGACGAAGCGGAUCUGCUCUUGUCGUACGGCCACAAGGACGAUAUGGAGACCAUCCUUGCCACGCACGUCCCUAGGCUAGGGGUGCAGGGCUGCUUGGUUUCGGCGACGCUCAGCGAGGACGUUGAGGGCAUCAAGGCAUGGCUCAAGCAGCCAGCCAUUCUCACACUGUCUGAACACACGGCAUCCCUUCUUACCCAAUUCGUAACCCAUACCACCGAACGCGACAAGUUCCUCCUCAUCUACGUCCUGCUCAAGCUCAAGCUUAUCCGCGGUAAAUCCAUCGUCUUUGUCAACGAUAUUGACCGAGGGUAUCGUUUAAAGCUCUUCCUCGGGCAAUUUGGCAUCAAGACCUGCGUCGUUAACUCGGAACUCCCGCUCGCCAGCCGAUAUCACGUCGUUGAGGAAUUUAAUCGAGGCGUCUAUGACGUGGUAGUGGCGACGGACGAGGCGAAUGAAGAGGAGGUACAGCCGCGGAAAAGGCAAAAGGUCGACCCCGCUUCGAUGGCGAGGGGAAUCGACUUUACCAACGCAGCUUCCGUCAUCAACUUUGAUCUCCCGUCAACGCCUACAUCGUACAUGCACCGGGUCGGCAGGACGGCGCGUGCCGGACAAAGCGGUCUCGCCUUAUCGUUCGUCGUGCCCAAGGAGCAGUGGGGAAAGGACAGACCGGUAUCAGUGGCAUCGGCGGAACGGGAUGAGGUGGUCUUGCCGAAGAUCAGAGACGUGGCGGGCGAGAUCAAGGAUUGGGAUUGGGGAGGGCGGAAAAAGGAAAUUGAGGGGUUCAGAUACCGAAUGGAAGAUGCGCUGAGAGCAGUGACAGCGAAGCGUGUGCAGGAUGCUAGACGGGAGGAGGUCAGGCGCGAGUUGCUGAACAGUGAAAAGCUCAAGGCCCACUUUGCUUCCAAUCCACUAGACUUGGACUACCUCCGGCACGAUACUAUAUCACACCCCGUCCGGCAGCAAUCACAUCUCAAACAUGUACCAGGGUAUCUGAUGCCAAAAAUCGCAGCCGCUCCGCUAGGUACAGGGGAUGUCGCCGAGGGAUCAGGUGUAAGCUUUCAUAAGCGAGGUGGGAGCAGGGGACGCGGCGGGCGUGGCGGACGAGGACGUGGCGGGAAAAAGGUGGAUCCGUUGCGUAUGAAGGGGUAA